AUGGCGGGGGCGCCGCGCGGCCGAGGCGGAGGCGGCGGCGGAGGCGGAGGCGGCGCGGGCGAGCCCGGGGGCGCGGAGCGGGCGGCCCGGCCGGGCGGCCGGCGCGGGCUGCGGGCGUGCGACGAGGAGUUCGCGUGCCCCGAGCUGGAGGCGCUGUUCCGCGGCUACACGCUGCGGCUGGAGCAGGCGGCUACGCUGAAGGCGCUGGCGGUGCUCAGCGGGCUGGCGGGCGCGCUGGCGCUGGCCGAGCUGCUGGGCGCGCCGGGGCCCGCGGCCGGCCUGGCCCGGGGCUCGCACCCCGCGCACUGCGUGCUCUUCCUGGCGCUGCUCGUGGUCACCAACGUGCGCUCGCUGCAGGUGCCCCAGCUGCAGCAGGUCGGCCAGCUGGCGCUGCUCUUCAGCCUCACCUUCGCGCUGCUGUGCUGCCCCUUCGCGCUCGGCCGCCCCGCGGGGACCCUCGCCGGCGCCGCUUCGGGGCCGGCGACCGCCGACCAGGGCGUGUGGCAGCUCCUGCUGGUCACCUUCGUGUCCUAUGCCCUGCUGCCCGUGCGCAGCCUGCUGGCCAUCGGCUUCGGGCUCGUGGUGGCCGCCUCGCACUUGCUGGUCACGGCCACCUUGGUACCCGCCAAGCGCCCGCGUCUCUGGAGGACGCUUGGUGCCAACGCCCUGCUCUUCCUCAGCGUGAACAUGUAUGGGGUGUUUGUGCGCAUCCUGGCUGAGCGCUCCCAGCGGAAAGCCUUCCUGCAAGCCCGGAACUGCAUCGAAGAUCGGCUGAGGCUGGAGGAUGAGAACGAGAAGCAGGAGCGGCUGCUCAUGAGCCUUCUGCCCCGGAAUGUUGCCAUGGAGAUGAAGGAGGACUUCCUGAAGCCCCCCGAGAGGAUUUUCCACAAGAUUUACAUCCAGCGGCAUGACAACGUGAGCAUCCUCUUUGCGGACAUUGUGGGCUUCACGGGCCUGGCAUCGCAGUGCACGGCACAGGAGCUGGUGAAGCUCCUCAACGAGCUGUUCGGCAAGUUUGAUGAACUGGCCACGGAGAAUCACUGUCGCCGCAUCAAGAUCCUAGGGGACUGUUACUACUGUGUGUCUGGCCUCACCCAGCCCAAGACCGACCACGCCCACUGCUGCGUGGAGAUGGGCCUGGACAUGAUCGACACCAUCACGUCUGUGGCCGAGGCCACCGAGGUGGACCUGAACAUGCGCGUGGGGCUGCACACAGGCAGGGUCCUCUGCGGGGUCCUGGGCCUGCGCAAGUGGCAGUACGACGUGUGGUCCAACGACGUGACUCUGGCCAACGUCAUGGAGGCAGCCGGCCUACCUGGGAAGGUCCACAUCACGAAGACGACCCUAGCGUGCCUGAACGGGGACUACGAGGUGGAGCCGGGUCACGGACAUGAGAGGAACAGUUUUCUGAAAGCUCACAACAUCGAGACCUUCUUUAUCGUGCCGUCACAUCGGCGGAAGAUAUUUCCAGGGCUGAUCCUCUCUGACAUAAAACCAGCCAAGAGGAUGAAGUUCAAGACCGUGUGCUACCUGCUCGUGCAGCUGAUGCACUGUCGGAAGAUGUUCAAGGCAGAGAUCCCGUUCUCUAACGUCCUGACGUGUGAGGACGACGACAAGCGGAGGGCGCUGAGAACCGCGUCGGAGAAACUGCGAAACCGCUCUUCGUUCUCCGCAAACGCCGUCUACACCACCCCGGGCACGCGCGUCAACAGGUACAUCGGCCGCCUCCUGGAAGCGCGCCAGACGGAGCUGGAGAUGGCGGACUUGGACUUCUUCACCCUCAAGUACAAGCAGGCUGAGCGGGAGCGCAAGUACCACCAGCUCCAGGACGAGUAUUUUACCAGCGCCGUCGUUCUGGCCCUCGUCCUGGCCGCCUUGUUCGGCCUCGUCUACCUGCUCAUCAUCCCACAGAACCUGGUCCUCCUGCUGCUGCUGGCCUUCUGUAUCUGCUUCCUGGUGGCCUGCGUCUUGUACCUGCACGUCACCCGGGUCCAGUGUUUUCCAGGGUGCCUGACGAUUCAGAUCCGUACCGUCUUGUGUAUCUUCGUCGUGGUCUUAAUCUACUCCGUGGCCCAAGGAUGUGUGGUGGGCUGCCUGCCCUGGUCCUGGAGCUCCACCCCCAACGGGUCCCUGGUGGUCCUGACGCCCAGCGGCCGCAACGCCGUGCUGCCUGCCGCGCCCUGUGAGUCGGCGCCCCACGCCCUGCUCUGCGGCCUUGUGGGUACCCUCCCGCUGGCUGUCUUCCUGCGGGUGUCCUCCCUGCCCAAAAUGAUCCUGCUCUUUGUGCUCACGACGUCCUACAUCCUGGUCCUGGAGCUCAGCGGCUACACCAGGGCCCCCGGGGGCGGCGUGGCGUCGGGGCGCAGUUUCGAGCCGAUCAUGGCCAUCCUGCUGUUUUCCUGCACCCUGGCCCUGCACGCCCGUCAGGUGGACGUCAAGCUGCGGCUGGACUACCUCUGGGCAGCACAGGCAGAGGAGGAGAGAGAUGACAUGGAGAGGGUGAAGUUGGACAACAAGAGGAUUCUCUUCAACCUCCUGCCGGCCCACGUGGCUCAGCACUUCCUCAUGUCCAACCCCCGCAACAUGGACCUGUACUACCAGUCCUACUCACAGGUGGGCGUCAUGUUUGCUUCCAUCCCCAACUUCGACGACUUCUACAUCGAGCUGGACGGCAACAACAUGGGGGUGGAGUGUCUGCGUCUCCUGAACGAGAUCAUCGCAGACUUCGACGAGCUCAUGGACAAAGACUUUUACAAGGACUUGGAGAAGAUCAAGACCAUCGGGAGCACCUACAUGGCCGCUGUGGGGCUGGCGCCCACCACUGGGACCAAGGCCAAGAAGGGCAUCUCCUCCCACCUGAGCACACUGGCUGACUUCGCCAUCGAGAUGUUCGACGUCCUGGAUGAAAUCAACUACCAGUCUUACAACGACUUUGUGCUCCGUGUGGGCAUCAACGUAGGCCCUGUGGUGGCCGGGGUGAUCGGGGCUCGGAGGCCGCAGUACGACAUCUGGGGGAACACAGUCAACGUGGCCAGUCGGAUGGACAGCACCGGCGUCCAGGGCAGAAUCCAGGUGACUGAGGAGGUUCACCGGCUGCUGCGCCGGGGGACCUACCGCUUCGUGUGCCGCGGGAAGGUCAGCGUCAAGGGCAAGGGUGAGAUGCUGACGUACUUCCUGGAAGGCAGGACGGAUGGAAACGGCUCCCAAGCCAGGGAGCGGAAAGUGUGUGGCUACGGGCGAGCCGGCCUCCAGGGCAGACUGGGCACGGGCCCACCCCCGGUGUCCUCCAUGGCCGGCCUCCCGGUCAGAGCCGGGAUGGGGGCUCUGCAGGGCUCAGGGCUCCCCCCCUGCCCCCACGGCCAGCACCUGCCCCCCGGAGCAGCUGGGAAGGAGGCUUAGCGGAGCCCACGCUGGCUGCCGGGGGCUCAGGGCACAAAUGUGCGGGGCGUCUGGGCCUCGGGGGCUCCAGCAGGGACCAGCCCGGCCGACAGCCGGGCCGGGUGCCAGCGGCUGGGCUGCGGAAGGGGAGCUGUCCAGGCAUGACCCGAAGCAGCCGGGCAGUGACGGGCCAGGGGCAGCCCUGCCCGCGUGGACUUGAGGCUUUCACGGGACUGUGCUCAUGCGGUCCUCUCCUCGGUGGCAGAGAAGGAGCAGCUGCCUGGGAGCGGCCGGGUCAGCGUCAGGCUCUGGGCCCUUCAGGACAUCCUGCGGGGCUGCGGGCUUCCAUUCAGCCAGAGCCGCGGAGCUGUGGCCGGCGGGCGUGAGCGCUAGUGUGCCCCUAGGCAGAUGCACCAUGAACCCUGUGUGGUGGGGCCUGUGUGGAUGGAAGCCAGGCCUUGCUCGGCAGGGCCGUGAGGGCAAGAACGUGGCCCAGAUGGCUGGGCCCUUGAUGGGCGGUUUUAGGGAGAACAGACCAGCCCCCUGUCUGGCUGCGCAGGCGGUGGGGACACCUCCUUCCAGAACGGUCUUUGCUGAGAGCCAGAGGCGGGUCUUCUGGAACUCACGGGCCCCCGAGCCAUGUCUCUGCAUCAAGACCAGCGUCCUCCCUGUUCUGCACUGUGCUGUCCCUUGACCCCUGACGGCACCGGUUCCUACAGACCCCGGCUGUUCUGGUCACCGUGCUGGUCAUCUUGGUCUCCAGUACUUACAACAUGAGCCUGCAUGGAUUUUGAAACAAGUGAACCUCACGACCCAGAGAGAGCUUCUAGGGUGGAAGAACCAGCGGCCGGACGGGGAGUCUUGGAGUGAGUUUUGGGCUUCACGUGCGGGUGUCUGGCCCCCUGCAGGGAACUGUGCGGAGGUCUGGGAGUCACCUAUGUGUGCAGGGGCAGACCGAGGAUGCCGGGAUGUGCUGCUGGGGGCACAGGGCAGCAGCCAGGGGAAAGGACGGACCAGAAAUACCCGGACGAGACAUUCGGGGGCCUCAGCUCCGACCGCAGGAGGAAGGCCGUUUUGGCACCGGAGGGGGGUCUGGGCAGACAAGUCCAUCUGGGGACCAGUCCUGACCUGCAGCUCCAGCAUGCAGUGCGGGGGACUCUGGGGGACUGAAGCCAGUGAAGGGGCCUGGGGGUUCUGCUCCCGGGGAUGUCCCCAGGCUGCUCCCGCUGGAGGCCUGCGAGGCGUGGCAUGCUCCGUGGGGGGCGACCCUGCCCAGCCGUGUUGCCGGGUGGGGGCUCUGCAGGGCAGUCCGCGCAGGUUCAGGACAGAAGUGGGUGGGUGGACAGCCUCCCUCCUGAGAACAAGCUGUUUGCUGGCCAGCAACAGCCAUCGCUACAUUGACAAGGUCUCAGUGGCCUGGCCUGCGCACCUCCCCCCCCCCCCCCCCCCGGCUGCCCACAUUUAGAGACAUGGCAUGAUUCCUUCAGGGGAACCUGAGUCACCUCAAGAGUCCUGUGAGCAUGUGGCCCAUGUGCCUGUCUGCACCCAGCUGCAGGGCUGGGGACCUGGCCCGUCUUCCACCCAGGGCAGGUUGGGGGCCGGGGAGCGGUGGAUGGCACUGUGGCCUGACCUCGUGAACGUGCUCUGUCACAAGACAGAGGGGACUUUAUAGGAAUUGAGGGUAUGGGCCUUCAGCUGAGGCAGGGUCCUGAGUUCCCCGGGUGGCCCCAGUGGGACCGCGUGUCCCCUCGAAGUGGACGUGGAGGCCGGGCGAUCAGGACGGCCCAAGCAUGAGGUUGUUGUUAAAGAUUCGGGGCCCCGGUCCUCAGCUGGCGGAGAUGGGUUGGUGGCUCCCCAGACACGCACGGCAGAUUCCAGAGGCGGGUGGACGCCCAUGGGACUCUCAGUGGCCCUCUGGCCUCGCUGGGCCCAACCCGGGGUCCACGGAACCAGGAGCAGCCGACCUCUGUGACCAACUCCAGCAGCGAGGCUCCCGCCUCCACGAGCGAGCAACUGUCGGUCACCAGCGUCUCAGCCCCGCGGCUCCCUGGGGUGCAGGAUCCGUGUGCCGCCUCAGCGGUCGCUGCGUGCCAUCUUCCUCCGUACUUGGGAUGGGACUGUAGGAUAUUGCCUUACUUGUUUUUACUCUUGUAUAGCGUUCACGGACAAACGUUAGCCUUUCGCGUGGGGUCCUCUCUGAAUUAUUUGAGAUGCUCUGUAAACAGCACAGUGUUUCACACGACACCCCUUCGCUCCCACCAAAAAUGAGAACAGCCCAUCACCGUGCGAAUGACACCCUUUACCCAGACGUGCGAUGUUCCCAAGGCCCCGCGUUUCUGCUUGGGGAAGCCACGCCCUGCUUGAGGGGCACUUUGGGGUGUCCCUUGGCGCCCCCUCUGUGUGCUGCUUACGCGCAACCUCAGUAGCCUAGAGAGCAACCCCAAACUUCCAGAUGCUUCCACGGACCAUGGGGCCGGGUGGUCCACUCCACAGGGUCUGUGUCCUGCAGGGCGGCACCCCCCACAGACCAGGUCCCCCGAGCCUGCACUUUUAUCAGACUCCAAAGCCACCAGAGCUUCCAGACACCUUCUGUCACUAGAAGCAAUAACAACUUUAACAUGUGGAACCAAGCCCGGUGCAGAGCAGACCGGUAACUCAGACACAAGCCAUGUGCACACGUGUGCCCAAGUCGAGCCAUGCUAUGGGGGGCCGACACCUCCAGGGCCCCCCCAGCCCCUCCUCCAGACCCAGCUCAGGCUCCUUCAUGGGCUUUGCUGUCGGUGCCCCGGGCACAGGGAGCAGAGGGACACAGGGAGGGCAGGCUGGGGUCUGUGCACAUCAGUGACUCCCCUUAGGCUGUCUCCGUGUGUUUCAGAGCCGGGACGCCCAUCCUCCCCACUCAGCCUGGUCGACACUCGGGCUUCGCGCUCAGACAGGACCCGGCCAGCCUUCAGAGGCACACACCCUGGGUCCCCUGUAGCUCCAUGCUGGGCCCCAUCAGCAGCCUAGACGUACCGAACCCCUGCUUUGUCCCACUCAAGAAGGAAGGGUCCGGUUGGCUUUGCCCUUCUCUGUCUCGGUCUGGUGGACCCGUCUCUAUCCCGGCAUGUAUGUGCACGUGCCCUUGUGCGCUGUGUACCUGUGACUCCCUGAGUCGGGUCCUUUUGGUCCCUCCCUGGGAGGCAGGCCCCGCCCACCGCACCCAUGCACGGCUUACCCGGCAGGUGCUCCCCCACUGCCGGGCACUGAGCGGCCCCCUGACCAGCUGGGUCACAGCUGACACAUGGAAUUCUGAAGUGUGCAGGCCUGUCGGCUGUAUGGAAAGUCACCCCCGGAAACUGACUUGACCCCGAUUUUGUAGUGGCUUCGAUUAAAAAAACAUAACAAAACAAAACAAAAACAAAAAGUCCACCUUCUUAGAAGCUGUUGAUUUUAAAAUGUUUGGUUUGGUGAAAUUAAGGGGCAGCUGUGGCCGGCUGGAAGCAGAGGGCAUGGCCCCGUCCUGGCGCCUGGACCUCCUGUCUGCCCGGCUGCGUUUGCUUUGAAAGUUCACAUGGGACGAUUGAGCCCCAACACCCUCUGAUGGGACGUGGGAAACGUGGGGUGUGGCCUGUCGUCUUGUGGCAUCUGGCGGUAGUGUUUGUCUUCACGAGUCAUAGGCUGGAGUGGGUUGAAAUCAGGUCCCAGGUCAGCUGGGGGUGGCCUGAGGACCCCCGUCCUGGAGGGCGGGGUGGGGAUGGGGUCAAGGGGCAGACGUUCAGGAAGGCUCCGUUUGGCUCAGCCUAAGGAAUAUACUCCUACCUGUGCGUUUGGCCAGGCUGGACUCCGGAGGUGUGGGGUCGGCACUGGCAGCUGGUCCCAGGAGUGUGGGCCCCUGGGUGGGGCCGGGUCCCCGAUACUGUGGCAGGUGGCAAGCAGCCAGAGGCAGGCCCUGUGCCCAGAGACCGUGGGGGCCUCGCAGCAGCAGAUGUAGCAAUGCAGAGUGCCCGUGGUGGGAGGGACAGCCUGGUGUGGCCAGCAGCACGAGGCAGGGUGCCAGCCCCAGACCCUGUGCCCUCGGGACGCUCCCAGGGACGCCCAGCUCCAGAAGCCGGCUGCUGUCUGUGCGCACUUGCAGGCCGGUCCUGUAGUGCCGGGGACACAUGUCACCUGCUUGUCCCCCUCGUGGGAGUAAACGUGAUUGCAGGGGCCACGUCUGGGGACCACAGCUCCCUAAAGGGCUUUAUGGUAACGACUCCUACAUUCAAAUUUCUUAAUUUCCCUGCAGAUGUAAUCCGUCUGUUUCCCGUUAGAUCUGUUCACACAGAUAAACUGUAACUGCUGUGCUGGAGCCAUGAUUUGCUCACAUCAGUGCGUAUGUGCGUGUAUGUGCGUGCGCAUGUGUGCAUGUAUAUGGGUGAGUGUGUGUGUGUGUGCACACGCCCGUGCACGGGUGUGAAAUGUGUGUACGUGUGUGUUCUUGCACGGAUGUGAAAUGUGCAUGUGUGUGCAAGUGCGUGUCUGCAUGUGUGUGUGUGUGUGUGUGUGUGUGUGUGUGUGUGCAUACGCGGUCUGGCAUGAGCAAAAUACAAACCGAUGGUGUGUUCCUGAGGCUAAGAUGGGGUCACAGAGAACAGACUGAGUUGGGGGGCAGCCAGCCUGCCCCCAGGCGUUUGGUGGGACUGUCCCUGUGUGUCCUGCCUUGAUUUCCCUUAGAAAUCCCAGCCCUGGGAGGCGAGGAGGGGCAGGGGCAGAGCGGCCGUGGCCCCCACACGGCGUCUCUGUGUCCGGCCGUAGACAGGAGCAGAGUCUCUUCCUGAUGUUCUUAGAACCUUCUGUCUGCCGUGUCGGUGAGGAAGCCCAGGGCCAUCGAGGCAACAAACUGCCCGUGUUCUGUUGUUGGAUGUGGUGGUUUCUGUCUUCAGCCCGUCUGGGCUCCCUGUGCACGGAGGCUGCAGAGGGGCCCGUAGGUGGGGGGCAGGAACCCUGGACGAGGAGCUGGCGGGGAGCAGGGCGCCUGCCUUUUGGCUUCACGGCUGGAGGCCAGGUCGUCGGCUGCCCGCGGCCGUGCAGACAGACGUCCACGCACAGGGCCCUCUUGGGUGACUUUGUCAGCGGUCAGCGCGCCUACCACAGGGGCGGCCACGCCCUGUGGGUGAGGUCGCUCCGGACACAACCUCGAUUCCUUUGUGCAAUCUGUGCAUUCCUCCCCACACGUCACUGGAUUCUGUAGGUUCCGCUCGGAUAACCACGGGAAGGGCCGGGGUGAAAACACGUCUGGACGUCUCCACGUGGCCACAGACGAAGGAAACAGCGCCUCUUUGGUGGCCCUGAGGGCCCCUUCCCUGAGCUGCGUGCCCCGCGGUGUCCUGAGGCACCCCGGGGCUCGGAGAGGUUAUUGACUUGAGCGGCAUCACACAGCGCAGAAUGGCAGGGCCUGUCUGUCCCGAGCCCUUGGUUUUUGUCUCCCUCCCCCCGCCCUCGGCUGACGCUGCUGGUUUGGAUGGAGCUCCCGGCUGGUCCGCACCCGGGCCGGCUCUGAGUGGUGUGUGGCCAGCCACCCGCGGCUGUGCCCCGGGCGCGGGUCGGCCUCACCUGGCACCCUGCUCUCCCUGGCACAGCAUCUUGUGCUUUCGACCGCCGCCCCCACCAGGUUGCUCCAAGCCUGAGGAACCCUGUCUCCAUCCCUUUCUGUCCUAAAUCUGUGUGCUGCCCACCUGUCCUAGCCUGAGCAAACCGCGGAGGGGCGGGGGGACAGCUGCCCAAGUCUUCCUGCGAGGCCUCUCUGGUGUCAGACAGGCAGACAGGGGCCCCCAGAAACCCCCAGACCACACACACGCCUCCCCACGUACAUGCAGCCAAGUGGCCCCCAAGUCCUGGUCAGAAGGCGUGUGAGCCCUGGAAGGCCGUGUCUGCCAUGUCCCUGCUGAUGGCACAGCCACCCAGUGCCUCACGCUCCUGGCCCGCUGUGGGCGGGCAGGGUCCCUCCUGCAGGUCGGAGGACAGCCAAGGGCAGGCUUCUCCGGGUGGGCGUGGAAGGCAAGACGGGUCGCGGAGGUGCCGGGUCCUCAGCUUCCCCGGCCCUGACCCCUUCCGCCCUAGGCAGCUCAGAGGCAAACAGUGUGCAUCACCUGCCGGGGACUGAUGUGUAAACAGAGAAGCUGUCCUAGGCCAGCCCCCCCAGACCUGGCCGACCGCUCGGGCUCACUAGUCGUGUGCAACGUGCAGGAUGGUCUGUGGGAACGGCCCCUCUGAGUGCCCCGUCUGUGUGCUCUCGCCCCCCACGGCCCAGACCAUGGGCCCACCAGCAGCCAGAACUCGAUUCUCACCUCCCACCAGCGGCCCCACCCAACCCCGGGCCCUGGACAGAAGCACACGUCUCAGGGGACUGCCGCACCCCCGCCGUGGGGAGCCUGAGGAAGUCCACUGCGUCCCUUGCACACCCUGGGGUGCCACGCCCCCGGAGCAUCCGUCCUGCGGGGCCGCGCGGUCUUGCCUUCACCCUGUACAAAUUAUGGGCUUGCAAGCCACGUGCACUCAGAAUUGCAUGCCGUGAAACCCCCACGUGUGUGAACCCACUUUUAACUUGAAAACACGCAUCACGCGCAGAGGGACGGGCCCGUCUCGGGCCAUCUGCCGGCUGGCCGCAGAGCGUCCCCGCGACACAGCGCACCCUGGGGCCCAAGUCCGGGCAGCAGCGCCUGCACCAAUGAUGCAGCGUGUCCCAGCCUGGACGCCCCUCCUCCCCGCCCCGCCCCGGCCGCACGAUUGCACACCCUCUUGCACAAGGAAGGUAACACGUGACCGCCACCACCUUAGAGUAGCUUCCGUUCUCGCCAAUGGUCAACCCAAAGCCCACCCUGGGGGGUUUCCUCACUUGCCAAGAAAGGUGGUGUGAGCCCCGCACCCUCCGCGUCCCGCCGGCUGUGGCCGUGUCCCAAUGCGGAAGGCAGAGUGGAUGGGCACGGGGACGGGCUCUCCGCCCACGAGCUCACUCGAGAACAGUUCUUCAGACACAAAACCAGGUGACGGGGUCGGAGUGACGCCGGCUCACGGUCACCGGAUAGCUUCUCUCGAUAGAUUUGUAUAAUCAAUACGGGUCUAUUUUUACGUCAGCCCCUCACUGUACCUUCCGGUCUUUUCCAAGAUGGUUCAACCGAGACAGAGAACUGAGUGGUCCUAUUUUUAUUAACAAAGAGGUGAACAGACUGAAAAGUUAACGUGAAUGUACAUUUCUUAAUUGCGACUUUUCUACUGAGUGUUUGCACUAUACUUUCUGGAAUCUUAUUUAACAAAAAUAAAGGAAAAAAUUGCUUGACUAAA